GGUCAGCAACCGCUCUUUUUUUCGUUCUUCUGCCCUCUCCACGAAAAAGAUAACUUUCGAAACCGCUAUUUUUGUCAUAAUUUUCUUUAUUCGUUCGUUGACCAAAGAUUAAAUAAAACAGAAAACCAGAGGAAGGAAAGGCGCGCAGUGCGCACUGUUCCUGAUUUCUCUGAUUAAUUGUUUGCUCGAAAAUUUGAUUUUGUUUUAGCUCGCUAUGUUGAUUCGUCACCGGCUAAAUUCUAGAAUUUUCUUCCGUUUUCUCAUUUGGUGGAUCUUUUUCAGCUGUUUUUCAGGAUUAAUUUCAUCGGCAGUUGUUACAUUGGAUUCAAUUGAAAUAUUUAACAAGCACGAGUGGAUAUUAAACCCGACGGUUUAUUUCGUCUGCAAGGGAGAGAACAGGACGGUGUUGCCAGAUGUUACCAAAACAGGCUUCGUCUAUUCUUUCAAGGGUGAAGAAUCUUGGCAGCCUCUUACCAAACUUGAAAGCAAGAAAUGCAAGCGGUGUGGAUUCUACGAGAAGGACACCAUUAAAUCAGAUGAUGUAUAUGAUGAGUGGGAGUUCUGUGCUUCUGACUUUAAAGCUUCAGAUGGGAAAUAUAUAUUGUUUAAAGAAAAGGAACUUAAUGUUACUUUCCGCUGUCCAGAAUGCACAACUCUUCCAGCUGUAGCUUCCAAUACAGCCCCUAAAAAGAAUGAUGAUGUGGAUCGAAUGCAUGUUGCUGUAGUCAUACUGAUUAGUGUGCUGAUUUCAACUGUAACAAUAAUUGCACUGGUGGUGGCUUAUAAAUGCUGGCAAAAGAAGAAGAGGCAACAAGAUCAGGCUCGGUUCUUAAAACUGUUUGAAGAAGGGGAUGAGAUUGAGGAUGAACUAGGGCUGGAUAAUGUAAUAUGAUAAAAUAACUUGGUUACCUCCUGUACAGUAAGUUGACCUUUCAUAAAUUUUGCUUCUUGUGGAGGGAAAAGAAACAUACUGUCACUUCAUUGUGCGAAUUUUAACAUUCAUUUCAACAACUGUGUACUCUAAGUUGGCCUUAGAUAUGUAUAUAGUUGAGCUUUGUGGCCCUUUUGGCACAUUCUAGGUCCUAAGACUGCUAAUGAAGAAAGAUGCCUUUCGCUGUUAACUAGCACAUAAAAUGGAAUCAUUAGAAGCUGAGUAUUUUACACAAAUGAUUACA